UCUCUGUCGGGCCGCAGCGCUCCCCUGAGCCGGUAGAUCGCACACCGGCUCCCCGGAGGCGUCAUGAGGUCUCCGGUUCCAGGCCUGUCCGCCAGCGAAGGCGACAAGGUCUCAGACAGUACACCCCUCCUGCAGGACGCCCCGCAGGCGGAAGCCGCUCCAGUGUGCUGCUCUGCUCGUUACAACUUAGCAGUUUUGGCCUUUUUUGGUUUCUUUGUUCUCUAUGCAUUACGUGUGAAUCUGAGUGUUGCAUUAGUGGAUAUGGUUGAUUCAAAUACAACUUUAGCAGAUAACAGAACUUCUAAAGAGUGUGCAGAGCAUUCUACUUCCAAUAAAGUUCUUCGUACUUCAACAGGUAAAAGGUACCAAUGGGAUGCAGAAACUCAAGGAUGGAUUCUCGGUUCUUUUUUUUAUGGCUACAUCAUCACACAGAUUCCUGGAGGAUAUGUUGCCAGCAAAGUGGGGGGGAAACUGCUGCUAGGAUUUGGGAUCCUUGGCACUGCUGUCUUCACCCUGUUUACUCCCAUUGCUGCAGAUUUAGGAGUUGGAGCUCUCAUUAUGCUCAGAGCACUAGAAGGACUAGGAGAGGGUGUUACAUUUCCAGCCAUGCAUGCCAUGUGGUCUGCUUGGGCUCCCCCUCUUGAAAGAAGCAAACUUCUUAGCAUUUCAUACGCAGGAGCACAGCUUGGGACAGUAAUUUCUCUUCCUCUUUCUGGAAUAAUUUGCUUCUAUAUGAAUUGGACUUAUGUCUUCUACCUUUUUGGUAUAGUUGGAAUUAUUUGGUUUGUUUUAUGGAUCUGGUUAGUUAGUGAGACACCAGAAACUCACAAGACAAUCUCUCACCAGGAAAAGGAAUACAUUCUUUCAUCAUUAAAAAAUCAGCUUUCUUCACAGAAAUCAGUGCCGUGGAUACCCAUCCUAAAAUCCCUGCCACUUUGGGCUAUUGUUGUUGCACACUUUUCUUAUAACUGGAUUUUUUAUACUUUGCUGACAUUAUUGCCUACUUAUAUGAAAGAGAUCCUAAGGUUCAAUGUUCAAGAGAAUGGGAUUUUAUCUGCAGUGCCUUAUUUUGGCUGUUGGUUAUGUAUGAUCAUGUCUGGUCAAGCUGCUGACCAUUUAAGAGCAAAAUGGAAUUUUUCAACUAUAUGUGUUCGCAGAGUUUUUAGCCUUAUAGGAAUGAUUGGGCCUGCAGUAUUCCUGGUAGCUGCUGGGUUUAUAGGUUGUGAUUAUUCUCUGGCUGUGGCAUUCCUAACCAUAUCAACAACACUGGGAGGCUUUUGCUCUUCUGGAUUUAGCAUCAACCACCUGGAUAUUGCUCCUUCGUAUGCUGGUAUCCUCCUGGGCAUCACAAAUACAUUCGCCACUAUUCCAGGAAUGGUUGGGCCUGUCAUUGCUAAAAGUCUGACCCCUGAGAACACUAUUAAAGAAUGGCAAACUGUUUUCUGGAUCGCUGCUGCUAUUAACAUAUUUGGUGCCAUUGUCUUCACACUCUUCGCUAAAGGUGAAGUGCAGAACUGGGCCCUCGAUCACCACGGACACAGAAACUGAAGGAACCAAAAAAUCCUGUCUCUAUUCAUGUAUUUUUGUCUAUCAUGUAACCUAAAAGUGCCUUUGAUAUUUUAAUGUGUAAGCAUUCUAUAUACAAGAAAAAAUUGUAUGUGUAUUAAAUUUUUAAGGCUUGUAAUCAUGAAAUAUUACUAGUGGCCAGAGUAGUAAAAUUUGCUAUUUUUAGUUAUUAAAAACAUGUAUGCUGGGCCUUGUCCUUUAGGGUCGCAUACCUGGCUGCAGGUCAGCAAUGUGAAGUAGGGGAGUUCUGUUUAUUUUAAGGGCCGUCCCUAGGAAUGAGCUGAAGUGGACUCCUCUGUACCUUUGCUUAAUUAAACUACAUAAUAAAUCUCAGGUCUUGGUAAACACCUAUUUUUAGGCAUUUUCCUCAUGAAAAUCAUUUGUCAUCAGCAAUCCCUGACAUUUAGUCUUAAACUUGAAUAUCUUCAUGGAGCUGCCGGCCCUUCUAUACUCUGGCCUGGCAGCGGGCUGAGGGAAGCAGGCCCGGGCAGCUGCCAAGCAUUCCCUUCUUGGCUUCAGGGGCAGUGCCCAGCAGUUAUCAGCGGCAGCAGCCAAGACCAGGCUCAGGGCCAAAACUUUGGAUGGUGUUCUUCCCCCGGGGGCUGUUAACGUGUAGAUAAAGCCCUGAGUAGGCAGGAGCAUUGAGAUGCACAGCCGUGGUUCUGAUGAAUCCUCAGACGUUCCCCUCCCAGGAAUAUUGAUUGGCAUAUAACCUAGGAAAGUAAAGUGUAAUGUCCAAUUAACCACAAAUAAUAUCAUCCUUGAUUAAAACUACCUUUGAGGAGAUCACAGUGUAAAUUCCAAGUCCUAUAUUCUAUGAAUUAUACCAGUUGUUUAUCCAAAUGUAAGAUUCUGGUUGCAGUUUAAGGUUUCAGUGACUUGUAAAGACCACAUCUCCUGAGACCAGUUGUGAUGUAAAGGUGAAAAUCAUCUUUCUACUGAUUCCUGAAAUCGUAUUUUUCCAGUUUUUCCUGGACCAUCUUUCAGUGGUUAUUGAACAUGCUUUGAGGGCAUUUAUGUGAUUUAAAACUUGGUUUAUGUUGUGUUGCAUUUGUUCAACACUACCUGUACCAUUUUAAUAAAACUGCUUAAUGUAAUAUGUGAAUAAUUUCUGUA